AAGCCACAUUAAGUUCACACAACAAUCUUGUCUUCACCUUAAUUGUGUUGUUAAGAAAAACAUGGCAUCAUCCUCCAAGACUUUUCUUCUUCUUGGCUUUAUGUUUGCUCUUGUGAUCCUCAUCUCCUCUGAGGUCUCAGCUCGUGAGCUAGCGGAAAUUACUAAGCCAGCAAUUCCUAUUAGGGGGAAACCUUAUCCCUUUAAAGGCCGACCAGGUACGCUAUGCAAUAAUCCGUAUAUUAGAGGAUGUAACCCGCCCCCGCCCCCGCCAUGCAGGAAUCCGUAUGGUAGAGGAUGUCACCGGCCCUCGCGGGCCCCCGCCCCGGGAGAGUAUAGGCACAGCCAAGAGCACCAUGAAAAACCAGGACUUGGUGUUGCUGAGACAGAAACUGGGAAUUAAAUAAAUAAUCCUUUUUCAGUGGAUAUUGCAGGUACUAUGUGGUAAUAAUUAAGAGCUUGUUUUGUCAAUAAAGGUUAAUGUAAUGUAUUGGUUGAGUUGUUAAUAAAACCCUCGAUCAUAAAUAAUUAGGAUUUUAAGGUUUAUCUUUGUAACUAGUACUCAUAUCAUACUGUGUCUAAGAUAUGUGGCUUUCUAUCUUUAUAUAUACGUUGGAAAUCUAUCCUAGCUAGCAAUUUCUUUUUCCA